AUGGGGAUCCAGGGGUUGCUGCCCCUCCUCAAGGACAUACAGCAUGAGACCCACGUAGAGGCGUUUCGAGGUCGCACGCUAGGCAUCGACGGCUACGUGUGGCUGCACCGUGGCGCUUAUGCCUGCGCCAUGGACCUGGCGCUCGGUCGCCCGACGACGCGCUACGUCGCGUACGCGAUGCACCGGAUCCGCAUGCUCCAGCACUAUGGCGUGAAGCCGUACGUUGUGUUUGAUGGUGGGCCGCUGCCCAGCAAGUCCGGCACCGAAGCCGAGCGUGAAUCGCGGCGUGCCGAGCACCGGCAGCGUGGACUCGCGCUGUAUGCACAGAAGCGUCUCUCUGAGGCGCGCGAAGCGUUUGUGCGCAGCGUCGACAUUACGCCGCACAUGGCGCGGGAGCUCAUCCAGGUGCUCCGCAGCCACGGCAUUCCCUACCUGGUCGCGCCCUACGAGGCCGAUGCCCAGCUCACCUACCUCGAGCAGAUGGGCCUCAUCGACGGCGUCAUCAGCGAGGACUCGGACCUGCUCGUCUUUGGCUGCCGCCGCGUGCUGUUCAAGAUGGAUACCUACGGCCACUGCGUCGAAAUCCAGCGCGCGCACCUCGCGCACGUCACACAGCCCUCGCUCGCAGGAUGGAGCGACCGCGAGUUCCGCCACAUGGCCAUCCUCUCAGGGUGCGACUACCUGCCAUCGAUCACUGGCAUGGGCCUGCGCAGCGCGCACCGCCUUCUGCGCAAGUACGCCACCGUGGAGCGCCUCUUGCAGUCCCUGCGCCUCGAGGGCAAGUGGCAGGUACCGCCCACGUACGCGGACGCAUUUACUCGCGCCGACUUUACAUUCCAGCACCAGCGCGUCUGGGAUCCUCGCGGCGAUGGCGCCAUGUCCACACUUCAUCCGCUCCCGAAAGACGUCGCGCCGGACGUUCUCGCGUGCAUCGGCGCGCCGCUCGCAGACGACGUCGCGCGCGCGAUUGCAUGUGGUGACAUGUGCCCCAUUACGCGCCGGCGCUUUACCGACGUGCUACAGCCGCGCAUGCAGCCGGCCGCUUCCGCCCCCACCCCACCGGCUCAGCCGACGCUGCGCGCCUUUUUUCGCCCAGCGCCAGCGCCAUCGCCGCCGUCGCUCGACGCACGAGCUGACUCGUCGUGCAGUACAGCCGACUCCCUCUUCGAUACCACCGACGCACAGGCCGACUCGCCGUGCACCUCGCCCAGCUCGCUGGCCUCGGGCGAUGCCGCUGUGUCUGCCAAGGCCGAAGCGAAUGCGUCGCCACUGACCUCACCGCACCACAGUGAGCCGCCCACGCCCGAGCGCCACGCCGCUCCUGCAUCGCCACUCACCUCGCCGCGGCGCGCUGCCAGCGAGGUCGAUGCUGCCGUAUCGAGCCCUGUAUCGUCGCCGCCCAGCUCGCCCAUGGCCGCGGCGCAGCGGCCCACCAGCACGCCUGCGACGGCGUGCCAAGCUCUUGCAUGGACGCCCGGCCACUCCGACGAGCAGGACGAUAUGACACGCCGCCACACCUGGUUCCAGCGCUUCCAGUUUGCCUCGGCGACGCGCCCACGGCACGUCGUGCUGCCCGGCACGUCGCCCUCACCUGCGCGCGCGCAGCUCUGA